AUGUCCCAUCAAGAAUUGCGCUCAGUCAAGCCAGAGCCAGCGACUCCGGCUGUCUGGGAACGGCCUCUCCGUCUCCCUCUCCCUCCGUUGCCUUGUGAAGACCCAACACGACAAAUGACUAUUGAGGAGUAUUUAAUAAUUGCCAAAGACCCGGCAAAGGUAGAACAAUCAUGGAAAAAGAUCCCGGACAACGGACGCGAAAAAGUGGAUCUCAUGUGUGUGAUAUUGUACGAGAUUUCAAAAUCGUCAGGUAACUUGGCCAGCAAAAAUCAACACACUGUGAAACGGGUGUAUAUUGAAGUGGCUGUUCAAGUCUACAAAAGAACAGGACGAUUGUUGAGUGAUCAAGCCAUCAUGAGUUGCUUCCGAAACGCAAAAGCGAAACUUCGCCAACGUCUCAAAAGGCUCAUUCAGGAUAAAAGAUUAACAGCGGAGAAGGUCGAAAACGAACUGUUGAACUGGCCUUUAUAUGGAUCCAUUUGUUUCUAUCGUGCUUACACACAUCGAUUCGAACAAACAUUGAGGCACAGAAACACUAAGACAAACGAUGGAGAGCACAUUGUCUUCGAUGUGAGUGAUGAUGAAGAAGAUGAUGUCAGUCUGCCGGUUCAACAAAAAGAUAAUGAUAGCGACGACGGUAUCAUGAUUGACACUACGCCAGUUAUGUCUGUCAAUCUCGGGCGAGUCAAAAGAGAACCAUUUUCCCGGCGACGAUCUGCUCCGUAUUCUGUAGAGCCAAAGCACGAACGAGUCUACGAAUACAAACCGAAGGGAUACCUUCACCAACCAGCUAGUCCACAGAUGCCUAAAAUGUCUUCAGUACCUCAAAUGGCAACAAUGAGAUACGGAGGUCGCGACCAGUUGCACCAGACUCCAAAUAGUUUCAGACGUGAUUCAAUGUCAUCUUCGAUUUCUCAGGAUUCCGAAAUGAAAACUCUCCAAGACGAUCUUAAAUUUUUCAAUAGCCACUCUAUCCGAGUGGCUAAAAAGAAUCCAGGACGAAUUGAAAAGAUGCGUGAAGUUCUUUCCGCUACAAUGCUUUCUUUUGAAUGGAGCAAUACUGAUAACUUGGGUGAUUUCUUCACGCAGUUGGGGGAAAAUAUCAAGAAAAAUAAACAAGGUCUUCACUAA